GGUUCACUUCCGCCUGCCCCGCCCGAGCGCCAGACCGGAAGCUCCUCUCACUGAGCCGUUCCUCCUUAUUGGGCUGAAAACUCAGGAGCCGUCAAGAUGCCGGCUUACCACUCUUCUCUCAUGGACCCUGACACCAAACUCAUUGGAAACAUGGCACUGUUGCCCAUCAGAAGCCAGUUCAAAGGACCUGCCCCUAGAGAAACAAAAGAUACAGAUAUUGUGGAUGAAGCCAUCUAUUACUUCAAGGCCAAUGUCUUCUUCAAAAACUAUGAAAUUAAGAAUGAAGCUGAUAGAACCUUGAUAUACAUAACUCUCUACAUUUCUGAGUGUCUAAAGAAACUCCAAAAGUGCAAUUCCAAAAGCCAAGGCGAGAAAGAGAUGUAUACACUGGGAAUCACUAAUUUCCCCAUUCCUGGAGAGCCUGGUUUUCCACUUAACGCAAUUUACGCCAAACCUGCGAACAGACAGGAAGACGAGGUGAUGCGGGCCUACUUACAGCAGCUGAGGCAAGAGACUGGACUGAGACUUUGUGAGAAGGUGUUUGACCCUCAGAAUGAUAAACCCAGCAAGUGGUGGACUUGCUUUGUGAAGAGACAGUUCAUGAACAAGAGUCUUUCAGGACCUGGACAGUAAAGAGAGCUGGGCCGGCACUUUCCGCAGCGGCGGGCAGCAUUUUACAGCAAGAUGUACACAGUUCUUUGCCUUUGUUUCAUAAAGUUUUAUACAAAAGAGAGAAGAGAAUGUGUCUGUACUUGAAAAGUUCAUUAUCAAGAAUUUGGAGGGGGAAAAUGAGUUGUCAGAGGGUGAUUUGAAAUUUUCUGCAAUAUUAAGCUGGUGCUUAAUAAGUAAUAAAGAAAUUUCUAACAUUUUGUUGGGAAA